AUGACAACUGAAAUCUCCCAGCAGCAUUUGGACGCUUCAAACCCAAUGAGCUCCAGUCCAGCUGCUCCAAGUGCAUCUCUGAGCGCACAGCCGGUGAUGGAGAGCGCGCAGCACGCGCCAGCCAAAGGGAAAAGGGGGAACUCCGGCCUGAGGCGCCCCGAAAAGCCCCCCUACUCCUAUAUUGCACUGAUUGUCAUGGCAAUACAAAGCUCUCCGACCAAAAGGCUCACUCUCAGCGAGAUCUAUCAGUUCCUGCAGGCACGGUUCCCCUUUUUCAGGGGCUCCUACCAGGGAUGGAAGAACUCAGUCAGACACAACCUGUCUCUGAACGAGUGUUUUAUUAAACUGCCCAAAGGUCUGGGCAGACCGGGGAAGGGGCACUACUGGACCAUCGACCCGGGCAGUGAGUUCAUGUUCGAGGAGGGCUCCUUUCGCCGCAGGCCGCGCGGCUUCCGUCGGAAAUGUCAGGCUUUAAAACCAAUGUACAGGAUGAUGAAUGGCAUCGGCUUCGGUGCGCCAAUGCUGCCGCAGAACUUUGACUUCCAGUCCUCCUCGGGCUCUUUAGGGUGUCACAACAGCUACAACUUAGAUUUAAUGGGCAACGCGGUUCCGGGAGGGUUUGAAGGACUCGGCGGAGGACACCACGUCCCCCACAUGUCAUCAAACUCCGGGUCACCGUAUAUGGCCCCGUGUCAGGUGGCUUCCAACGCGGACUAUUGUGCGGACAGCCGCAGCAGCCCCCUGCAGUCCUCCCCGGCCAUGGUAGGCGCUCUGGACUGUCAGUCUCCUUAUGCAAAUGCGGCCUCCCACUGGAGCGCACCUGGUGUGUCUUCCUACAUCAAGCAGCAGUCUCUGGCGUCGAGCAGCCCCAACUCCUCCGCGGUGCACACGGGGAUGUCGUCCUACUCUCUGGAUCAGGGCUACCUGCACCACAAUGCGCGAGAUUCGUCUGACAUUUCAGUGGGAUUGUCUCGAUAUUCCGGCCAUUCAGCUCCUGUGUGCGACAGAAAGGAGUUCGUUCUAAACCUGAACGGGAUCUCUUCCCUCCACCCGGGCAGCGGAGGGUCUUACUAUCACCAGCUCCAUCACCACCACCAAAGUGUCUAUCAGGACGUAAAGCCGUGCGUAAUGUGACCAGGAG